CGUCAUUAUCCACGGCUGCGUCUGUGUCUGUGGUGGAACGUUCGUUCGACAGCUCCCUCACCACUGAACCAGCACCAUGCCACGGUACUACUGCGAUUACUGCGACACCUUCCUCACGCACGACUCGCCGUCCGUGCGUAAGACACACAACACCGGUCGCAAGCACAAGGAUGCAGUGAUCCACUAUUACCGCACCUGGCUCGACGAAGCGUCACCAGAGGAGCGCGAGAAAUAUGGCGCUUCCAACAUGGGGCCCGGGCCACGUGGCAUGCCCCCACCACGUCCGAUGGGUCCCAUGCCAGGAGGUCCCCCCGGCGGUCCCCCCGGCGGUCCCCCCGGUGGUCCCCCAGGCGGCUUUGAUCGCAUGCGAGGCCCGCGCCCCUUUGGUCCUCCACGCGACCGCUUUGGCCCGCCGCCGCCCCACAUGCGGCCCAUGCACGGCCGGCCCCCGAUGCCGCCACAUAUGAUGCGUGAUCGUCCCCCCUUCCCGCCGCGGCCCCCGUUCCCCGGUGGCCCCCCGCCCCCGCACCACCACCACCACCAUCACCACCACCGGCCCCCAGGCGGCUUUGGCGGGCCGCGGCCACCACCACCCGGUGGCCCACCCGGUAGCGGCGGUGGUGGCGGUGGUGGCAGCCGUGAUCAGUUUGGAGCGCCGCCGCCACUGGGCCCUCCCGUGGACCAUCGCCCCACACACGAGGCCCCGCCCACUAGCAGCGGCGGACCGCCGCCCCCACACUCGCAGGCGCCACCAGCACCACCAGCAUCUUCGUCGUCAGGGCCGCCGCCAAUCCCACCUGGUCGCCCCGGCGGGCCCGGGUGGAAUCCUAACGGCCCACCGCCACCACCGCCACCACAGCACCAAGGGGGGCCACCACAGCCACCACAGCAGCAGCAGCAGCAUGAUCAGUUUGGUGCACCGCCACCGCCGCCACCAGGCCGGCCCGGGGGCAUUGGUGGCCCGCCCAUCGUAUGAGGUGGCAUGCGUCUGUAUGGGGUGAAAUGCAUUUGUAUGGGUUGUUGGUGGCGAACGGUUUCAAGGUGUACUGGCUUUGUGUGUGUGUGUGUGUGUGUGU